GGGGCGAGGAAGGAAAACGAACAAAAAUGCUGUAAACUUAUGUUAAGUCGUGCUGACUUGAUUAAAAUGCAAGUAAACAGUACCUUUCGCGUUGGAGUUAAUAGUACAAGCUCAUAGAAAGGGUAACACAUUUGGAGGCACAGCUGGGAGUUAUUUACAUGUGAGCACCGGCCCAUAUUCAUUGAACGGACAACGAGUGAGAGACGUUUGAGAGUAACUAGCUAGCUAACGUUAGCGGGCUAACCACGCAACGGAUUUCUAGCUAUCUUGCCAUUUCCUCCAUUGUCGUUGUUUCCACGUGAGUAGGAAAAUAUGAAUCGAGAAAGGGAAACGUUGUUGGAUGAAAUCGAACAGAGUUUAUGGACUUUAACUGAGGACAAUUUACGGCACCUGUGUGUACGUUGUGGAAUAGGAGGUGUAGAUGACUCUGAAGUGAAAGGAAAGAGCCGUCGCGCAUUGCGGCGCAAACUGAUUCAAGAUUACUGUGAGAAGGAGGAUUUAAUGGAAUCAGAGGACGAGGGAAUGUUUUGUCUGUUACAACUGAAAGACGAAAUAAAAGUAAUAUCGGACUCGGAGGAUGCUGCAAAACGUCUGCCUACAAGUCCUAGCCAGUCGGCACCAACGACGCAAUUGGACAGCGAACCCAGCGGAGAGACAGGAGCUGCGGCAGGACGAAAAGAGGAGGUAGGGGCUCCUCAGUCCAGCAGAAAGUUCACAGGCAUGCUACCUGUGCUCCCUCUAGAAGUCCUGGAGGAGAUGCUCCUAAAUGUCCCUCCACAGCAGGUGGUGUGUGUCUGUCGACUUGUGUGUCGUGAGUGGAAAGAAGUGGUGGACAGUGAUUCUCUUUGGAGAGAGAGGUGCCGAAGAGAAGGAUACCAGACAUAUGUGACUAAACUACCUAAAGACUGGCGUUUGUUUUACUUCUUGUGUAAGAAGAGACGUAAUCUUCUCAAGAACCCCAGAGCAGAUGAUAAAUUCAAGGGCUGGCAAAUUAUUGAGAAUGGAGGGGAUAAAUGGAAAAUAGAGUCAGUGGAAGAAGUGCCGCUUCCUGACAACACGGUCCAAAAAUACUUUGCGACUUCUUACUCGACCUGCAGGAAGUCUCAGCUGAUUGACUUGGAGAAAGAGGGUUACAGGCCUUCUUUCAUGGAUGACUUUCAACCCGACAUCAUUAUAUCCGACUGGUAUGCUCCACGGAGGGAAUGUGGCGCUAAAUAUGAGAUCUGUGUUGAGUUGCUAAAUCAUAAGAAGCAGCCAAUUAAGAAGUUUAGUCCAGGAACUGUCAUCUUUCAAAACUGGGAUGAUCAUAAAUGGAAUCAGAUGACUCAUGUGUUCAAGAAUUAUGGACCAGGUGUGCGGUACAUCCGAUUCAUUCAUGGAGGAAAGGAUACUCUGUACUGGGCCGGCUGGUAUGGAAUUCGGGUCACCAACAGUAGCAUCGAGAUCUGCCCAUCGGUGGACAGAUAGCUUUCGGUGUUCCCAUUUACUCUCCCAAGAGGUGACAUGUGAAUAUUGUGCCCACCUGCAAGCUUAACUUUAGCAUCUGAAACGUACCUUAGCAUAGUGUACACCUUGUUCUGUCUUUUCUGCCUUUGGCACCCUGUUUCCAUGUGGAUAUAGAUGAUUCUAGCUAUAGAAUAUAUACUUUUUUAUAUAUUAAUAUUCAUUUUCCCCUAGUCUGAUUUAGUGCCUGUUUUUGUCCACUGUGUUCUAGUGAGUCCUUGUGGACACUGUAGAGAGAAACAGAAGACAAGAACGUGUUCCUCAGUCUUAUCUUUCAGUGAUGGGGUUAGAAUAUUUUGUAGCUUAAACCGUAAGAAGGAUAUAGCCACAUUUGUAGUAAGAAAACAGAAACCACUGUUUAUUACAACCACAUCUAGCUGCUGUCGUCAAGGCAAAGGGUGGCUACUUUGAAGAAUCUCAAAAUAUAUUUUGAUUUAAUACUUUUUUUUGGUAAUUACAUGAUUCCAUAUGUUA